UGUGGAGCUUGGCACAGUGAAGAUUUUGGUCAUUCAGGGAUGAGGAUAAUUGGUCUUGGGUGGGAGAAACAGCAUCCUAUAAGCUUUGAUGAGGUAUUGACUCGUCUCAAGUUAAAAGAAAAAAUAGAACGCCAGAGGGUCUUCUCGGCCAUGCCCUCUCCUGCAGGCUGCAUCCGCCAUCUUUAGCCCAGAGGGUCUUCUCGGCAGCACCCUCGCCCUCCCCGCAGCUUUCGGCCAUCUUUAACGCUAGAGGGUCUUCUCGGCCACGCCCUCUCCGGCUGACUGUGUUCCGCCAUCUUCAGCACCAGAGGGUCUUCUUGGCUGCGCCCUCCCCGCAGCGUUCCCACCAUCUUCACCGCCAGAGGGUCUUUUCGGCCACACCCUCUCCAGGCUGUGUUCCGCCAUCUUCAGCACCAGAGGGUCUUCUCUGCCGGGUCCUCCCCUGCUGGCGUUGCUACCGCCAUCUUCAGUGCUAGAAAGGCAGACUAACACCUCUUGGGAGCAAAAGAGUGGCAGAAACGGAAAAAGCAACUGUGACUCUGGAAAUACCCAGGCACCGACAGAGGAUGGACAGCCUGGAACAGACAACUGAGACCUUGCUGUGUCUGUCGCCCGCUGAAGUUUCCAGUCUCAAAGAGGGAAUCAAUUUUUUGCGAAAUAAGAGCACCGGCAAAGACUAUAUCUUGUACAAGAAUAACGGCCACCUGAAGGCAUGCAAGAAUUUGUGCAAACACCAAGGAGGAUUGUUCAUAAAAGAUAUUGAGGAUUUAGAUGGAAGGUCUGUUAAGUGUACAAAACACAACUGGAAGUUAGAUAUGAGCACCAUGAAGUAUAUCAAUCCUCCAGGAAGCUUCUGUCAAGAUGAGCUGGUUGUUGAAAUGGAUGAAAACAAUGGACUUUUACUUCUAGAAUUGAAUCCUCCAAACCCCUGGGAUUCAGACCCCAGGACUCCGGAAGAUUUGGCUUUUGGGGAAGUACAGGUAACAUAUCUCACUCAUGCCUGCAUGGACCUCAAGUUGGGAGGCAAGAGAAUGGUGUUUGAUCCUUGGUUAAUUGGUCCUGCAUUUGCCAGAGGAUGGUGGUUGCUCCAUGAGCCUCCAUCUGAUUGGCUAGAGAAGCUGUGCAAAGCUGACCUAAUUUACAUUAGCCACAUGCAUUCGGACCACCUAAGUUACCCUACACUAAAGAAGCUUUCAGAAAGAAGACAAGAUAUUCCAAUAUAUGUUGGUGACACGGAAAGACCUGUAUUUUGGAAUCUGAAUCAGAGUGGUGUCCAGUUAACUAACAUCAAUGUGGUUCCAUUUGGAAUAUGGCAGCAGGUAGAUAAAAACCUUCGAUUCAUGAUCUUGAUGGAUGGCGUUCAUCCCGAGAUGGACACAUGCAUAAUCGUCGAGUACAAAGGCCACAAAAUACUCAAUACAGUGGACUGCACCAGGCCCAAUGGGGGCAGGCUGCCUGCAAAGGUUGCUCUUAUGAUGAGUGAUUUUGCUGGUGGAGCAUCUGGAUUUCCAAUGACUUUCAGUGGCGGAAAAUUCACUGAGGAAUGGAAAGCUCAAUUCAUUAAAACAGAAAGGAAGAAGCUCCUGAAUUAUAAGGCUCAGCUGGUGAUGGACCUGCAACCCCGAAUUUAUUGUCCCUUUGCUGGGUAUUUUGUGGAGUCCCACCCAUCAGACAAGUACAUUAAGGAAACAAAUAUCAAAAAUGACCCAAAUCAGCUCAACAAUCUAAUCAAGAAAAACUCAAAUGUAGUCACAUGGACCCCUCUGCCUGGAGCCACCCUUGACCUGGGCAGGAUGCUGAAGGACCCAACGGACAGGAAGGGCAUCGUAGAACCUCCUGAAGGGACUAAGAUUUACAAGGAUUCCUGGGACUUUGGCCUAUAUCUGAACACCUUGAAUGCUGCUGUAGGAGAUGAAAUCUUCCUUCACUCAUCCUGGAUUAAAGAAUAUUUCACUUGGGCUGGAUUUAAGAAUUAUAACCUAGUGGUCAGGAUGAUUGAGACUGAUGAGGACUUCAACCCUUUUCCAGGAGGCUAUGACUACUUGGUUGACUUUCUAGAUUUAUCCUUUCCGAAAGAAAGGCCCAGCCGGGAGCAUCCCUAUGAGGAGAUUCGCAGCCGGGUUGACGUCAUCAGGUACGUGGUGAAGAACGGUCUGCUCUGGGACGACUUGUAUAUAGGAUUCCAGACGCGGCUCCAGCGGGAUCCUGACAUUUACCACCACCUGUUUUGGAAUCAUUUUCAAAUAAAGCUCCCCCAAACACCCCCCAACUGGAAGUCGUUCCUGGCACACUGUGAAUAGAGCUUCUCUGGGGCUCCCAGGACUACCAGACAACAUGGAACACUCAAGAAUUUACUGGUGCUUCAUUUCAGUGCAAGAAGUUUAUACCAAAGAGACGGUGUUAGGACAUUAGCAGUCGGUGACCUGUGUAGAUCAUUAUGUAACAUGUCCCAAGUCAUUUUACUGGGGCUGGGAUGUAUCUCAGGGUAGAGUAUGUGCUGAGUACAUGCAUGCUUGCACACACAUACAUACACACACACACACACACACACACAAGCUAUCCCACACAAAGUUCUCUGUAAAAAGAAGUAAUGAAACCAGUAGGAACGAGCUCUUUGUGGAAAACACAGCGUAACAAAAGGAGAGGUGAAUCCACCUAGAGAAAAAACAGGAAAAGUAAAACUUCCGAGACUAGGGUGACAAAGCAAAGAGGAUGGGGAGCAGAUGAUGGGAUAGAAGGGGAACAGAAGGAAAGAAAUAGAGCAGCGAGAGACUAAGGGUUGAGAUGGGAGGAAGUGAAAACCAAGAUGGAUAUAAAAACAGAUCUUGUGUUCUUUCUAAUGGAUUAAUUCCACAAAUAGGGUUCAUGAAAAUGGCUAACUAAGAACUGUUCCUGAGCUGUUUUCAGCUUUUCAAAAAGCCUCAUGGAAAUCAGAUAUUUAUCAUAAUGAAACUACAGAGCCUGCCCUGAGAGGUCACAUUUCACAAGAUGGAAAGGAUUUUGAUUCAGUUAUAAAACUUGUCUUUCAACACAGCUGAUUAAUUAUAAAAGUUAGGUAGCUCUUUGGUUAAUUAAAGAUAUGAAUACUAAUUAAUAAAAUGGGCUUUACAGACAAAAAUCUUUUGAAACCAGUAGAAGAAUAAAGAUCUGUGUCUUGGAAAAAAAGUAACCCUUUUUCUGAACUCUUCAAAAAACAUUGUUUCAAUGGUUGAAAUCAAAGGCGACUAAUUUGCCCUUUUUUUCCAGUAGUUUAUGAUAUCUAUAUGAUCUUUUAGGAUAUGCAAUUCCGUUCUUAACUUGAUUGUCAACUAGGUUUCUGAUUUACAGGUUAGUGUUUCUGGCACACACCACUGAUGAGUACACAUCCCUUCUGUCUUCUGAUUUUACAAUCUACC